AUGAAGACACUCCAACCGGGCGUGUAUGCGCCUCUGCCCACAUUUUUUGAUGAGAAGCAGGAGAUUGACUAUGAGAGCUACAGGAAGCAUUUGCUGAACCUCGCCACCAAGGGAAUGGUCCCUGUAUGCGCUGGUUCUCUUGGAGAGGCUGUCCAUUUGACACCCAGUGAAAGAACAUCUCUCAUCAAAUUCAUCCGGAAUACCCUCAACAAUGCCGGCCUCGAGACCACCCCGAUUGUCGCGGGCGUGGGGGGUCUCAGCACGAGGGAGACCAUCGAGCUGGCCAAGGCUGCUGCAGAAGCUGGAGCGGACGCUGGGAUGGUGAUUCUCCCUGCAUAUUAUGCUGCCAGUCUCAAUGCAGACCCAGAGCAGGUCAUACAGUAUUACAUUGAUAUCUGUGAACAGUCUCCAAUACCUAUAUUGUUGUACAACUUCCCGUCCAACGCAGGCGGACAGGACAUGUCAUCAGCCGUGAUUGAAGCCGUCAUCCAACAAGCCCCGAACCUUGCCGGCGUGAAACUGACCUGUGGGGGAAGUAUGGCAAAGCUCGUGCGACUGACGGCAACCAUCAGCGCCGACGCAAGCAUCAAUACAUCACGUCCGUAUCCCUUCCUCCUGCUCGAUGGUCUGAUCGCCGACCUGACGCCCUGGAUGGGCACUGGCGGGCACGGGACGGUGAGCGGGAUCCCGAACUUCGCGCCCAAGGCAUCGAUGCGACUGUGGGAACUGCUGAAUAGAGGCACCCUGGGCGCUGAGGAAACCGAGGAGCGCAUUCGGUUGCAGGCUGUUCUCUCGCGGGCAGACGUGGCGGCUGUUCCCGGGGGGGUCAGAGCCAUGAAAUAUGCACUUCAUGAAAUGCAUGGAUAUAGUAUCUAUCCUCGACGGCCUUUGUUGCCCUUGCGUGCCGAGGAGGGAGAAGAAUUUAUGCAGGCUUUGGAAGAAUUAUUAGUAGUGGAGAAGACAUUUGAAUAG